AUGAACCGGACAUCGAAAGAAAUCGAUUUUUCAUCCAUCGUAACUCAAGUAUCAAAAGACGAUGAUAGAAAUCGAUCGAUGCCCAUACCGACUUCUGGAACAUCUCAAACAAUAAAUGGACCUAAAACUCGUUCAAAUCGAAAGCAACGUUUUGUAUCUCUAUUUUUUUGUUGCUUGGGUGGAUCUUGCCGACGACGACAAGCUAAAACAGCAUAUGCAUCAGCAGCAAGUACGACUGCCGAUCAUGAGCGUGUUGCGUUGCAUUCUGAGAUAACCACUCAUGUAGAGUCUAAUGAAAAAUUUCUAUUGCCAACAUUACGUGAUAAUGAACAAGGAAAAAUCUGUUUAGUUAUUGAUCUUGAUGAGACACUCGUACAUUCAGUAUUUCGACCUGCCCCCAAUGCUGAUUUUGUUGUUCCUGUUGAAAUCGAUGGACAAGUACACCAAAUCUAUGUUACGAAAAGACCACAUGUCGAUGAAUUUCUACGACGUGUUGGCGAAUUAUAUGAAUGUGUUUUAUUUACUGCUAGUUUAGCAAAAUAUGCCGAUCCCGUAGCCGAUUUACUUGAUCCAAAACAUAUUUUUCGUUCAAGACUCUUCCGUGAAUCUUGUACAUAUUAUAAUGGAAAUUAUAUAAAAGACCUUAGUCGGCUAGGUCGAAAUAUUCGAAAAGUGAUCAUUAUUGAUAACUCACCAUUGUCCUAUUUGUUUCAUCAAGAUAAUGCCGUCCCUGUUACAAGUUGGUUCGAUGACAUGCACGAUACUGAGUUGCUCACACUUAUCCCAAUAUUUGAACGUCUUGCAUCGGUUGGCGAUGUUAUACCUGCAUUGCAGGAUAUUCAUCAUCAAAGAGUCGUAGUUUAG